GAGUCGCUCGAGUCUCGGGCGAAUCAGUGCGCGUUUCCCUCUGCCAUUUGCGCGUCGGUACGCGGCAGCGGUGUUACCGGAAUCUCUCGACGUGUGCUUACCGGUGCGUAGAAGACGCGUAACCGCUGUGUCGGUUGAAGUGUGCUUUUGCGAGUUCGGUGCUGUUUGUGCGUAUAUUUCUCGCAAUCAAAUCGAUCGAUAUGGCGGAUACAGAAGCCAAGGAGACCAAAGUUACUACCCCCCAGAAGAAGGUAGUAGAAGAGGAAAAGGUGGUGCAGGAGGAAGUUGACGAAGAUUCGAAAGCAUCUGAAAAUGGGGAUUCCAAGGAAACCAAAGAGAAUGGCUCGAGUGAGGAGAAAGAGGUUGACGAGAAGGAAGCAGAAUCUACAGAAAAUGGAGAUUCCACAGAUGCUCCCGCCGACAGCUGUUGCGUAAAGAGGAAAUCGACGGCUGCAGCUGAUGCAGCCGAGGAUGCACAGGAUGGCGCAAGUCCUGAAAAAAAAUCCAGACUUGAAGAAAAGUGUGCCGAGGCCGAGAAUAACGGCGACGCGGAGGAGGCCACGGCCUAAUAUUCUCUCACGUUUAUUAUUGACAGACCUAAUCUAUAGACGCAAUUUUAACUACUGAGUGUGAAGCCAGGGCAGAUCGAUUGUCUGUGUCUUUUCAGAGAGAAGAUGGCGAGCAUUAAAAAAAAGUAAAACAUUUGAUGUUUAUCGCAUUAAAGACUUUUUGUGUUCAGGAUGAUUGUGUGUGUCUCUCACGGUAUUUCUUACAAUAGUUAAUUGGCAACAGCGACACGAGUCCUACAUUUGUUGUAAAUCGCAAUUACAUUUGAUUAAUGUAAAGUAUAAAUAACUAUGUUCUCUGUACUGGCAUCCACAUGCAUACAUAUUAUAUAUUCAUUUAGCAUUAGAGUUCUAAGAUAAGGAAGUAUACCGAUAACGUUUAGAAAUAAUAUAUAUUUCUAAUUCAUCAGGAUAAAUGAUGAUGCGGUGUCUGGAAAAUGGGUACAUUUGUGCAACAUAAUAUUUCCACCUACUGCUAGUCCUCAUUAUUUUCGACGCACAGACACACACUUUGUAGUUUAUACAUAUUAGACAUAUACAUACCUUGGACUAUACAUUGGAGAUAGAAUAUGGAUAUUUUUCUGCGAAUCAAAAUACAUUCCCGAAAACAGAUUGUGACUUGUAACACUAUAACUGUUCGCCAAUAAACUGUUAAGAGAGCGCCAUUUCUAUAACUGACAUAUAUUAGAUCUUGAAAAAAUCAAGAUAAACAAAAAUUAAUUUAUAUAAAUCAUUAUCACCAUAUUUUCCGAUAAGUGUUAGAAAACUUGAAAGCUAAAUAUGUAACAAGAAGUAAAAAGAAAUUUUAUGUAAAGAGAUUUCAUGAUUUCUUUGACAAACAUCUUACAAUUUCUAACAUGCAAAUUAGUAAUUUGUGUGUGCUAUCACAUAAACUAAUUUUGAGAUCACAACUUUCAGUCCUGUGCGACUGAAUUAUUAAACUUUUUAUCAAUACGUAUUAAGAAAUAUGUUUAUUCAUAAAAAAAAAGGAAAAAAAAUUGCAGCUGAUUUAGCCCAAAAGUUGUGAUGUUCAAAUUAAUUCGUGUGACAUAAUGUAGAUUAACUAUUAAUUUGCAUGUUACUUAAAACUAUUGUUUUUGUUAGAUAAAUUAUAUAUUACUUUUCCCAAUUUAUGUUACACAUCUUUUAUAAAAUUUCUUUUAUAAAUUUAUAAAUUUUCAACAUUCAUUGCAAAACAAUGUGACAAUGAUUUAUAUAAUUUUCAACAUCUUAUUUUGCUUUAUAUAUAAUUUGUCGAUCAGUGAGGAUAAUAACAAUGUAUGUUUAAGAUUUAAAAUGGUAAAAUGUGUUCAACAGCUAAUACAAAUAAAAAUGGUUCUCUAUA